UACGAUGACGACGACGACGGUAUCAAAACGGAUCCUGGUGGUAACUGUUCUCUACUUGUUGGUUAAUUCCGUCGUCGGCGGCGCCGAUAGAAAGAAGAGAAUUAUAACCUAUGACGGACGUUCACUCAUUAUCGAUGGAGCUAGAGAGCUUCUCUUCUCUGGUUCUAUUCAUUAUACACGUAGUCCUCCCGAGUUGUGGCCGGAAAUUAUUAGGAGAUCUAAAGCUGGAGGACUGAAUGUUAUUCAAACUUACAUUUUCUGGAAUGUUCAUGAACCAAUUAAAGGACAGUGGAACUUUGAAGGAAACAACGAUGUAAUAAAAUUCCUUAGAAUAAUCCAAGACCAAGGCAUGUAUGUGACACUCAGAAUUGGGCCUUUUAUUGAGGCGGAGUGGAAUCAUGGAGGAUUUCCAUACUGGAUGAGAGAGUUUCCAGGAAUUAUAUUCCGUUCAGAUAAUGAGCCAUUCAAGAGAGAAAUGGAAUCAUACUGCAGAAAGGUCAUAGACAUGAUGGUUAAAGAGAAUAUGUUUGCCCCUCAAGGAGGACCAAUCAUUAUGGCCCAGAUUGAAAAUGAGUACAACAAUGUUCAAUUGGCAUACAGAGAAAAGGGUGCCAGCUAUAUCCAGUGGGCAGCAAAUUUAGCACUAAGUUUUAACGUUGGAGUCCCAUGGAUCAUGUGCAAGCAAAAGGAUGCCCCAGGUGCAGUGAUCAAUACAUGCAAUGGAAGGCAGUGUGGAGACACAUUCACAGGACCUAAUUCACCAAACAAACCAUCUCUGUGGACUGAAAACUGGACGGCUCAAUACAGAGUGUUUGGGGAUCCUCCAUCUCAGAGAGCAGCUGAAGACAUAGCCUAUCAAGUUGCUCGUUUCUUCUCCAAGAAUGGAACUCUUACCAAUUACUACAUGUACCAUGGUGGGACGAAUUUUGGAAGAACAACUUCAACAUUCGUGACAACUCGCUACUAUGAUGAAGCCCCUCUUGAUGAAUUCGGUUUGCCAAGAGAACCAAAAUAUGGUCAUCUAAGGGAUUUACACAGAGCCUUGAAACUGUCUAAGAAAGCUUUGCUCUGGGGAACUCCAACAGCACCUGUGAGAACCACUGGGAAUGUUGAGAUUCGAACAUACGAGAAGCCUGGAACGACCAUAUGUACUGCUUUCCUAAACAACAACAACACCAAGGCCGGUGUGAAGGUUAAUUUCAGGGGUAAGGAUUUCUUCCUACCUCCGAGAUCAAUCAGCAUUCUCCCAGAUUGCAAGACAGUUGUUUACAAUUCUCAAACGAUUGUGUCACAACACAAUUCAAGAAAGUUUCACCCAUCAGCCAAAGGAAACAAAUUUGAGUGGACAAUGUCUAAAGAAAGUAUUCCAGACAUGAGCCAAAUGCCUAUCAAGAAUAGGGUUCCUUUGGAACAGUAUGUAACCGCAAAGGAUACCACUGACUAUAUGUGGUACAGCACCAGUAUCAGCUUUGACGCUCAGGACUUGUCAAUGCGUGACGAUAUCAUACCAGUGUUACAGGUUGCGAAUCUUGGACACGCAAUGGUUGCUUUUGUUAAUGGCGAAUAUAUUGGAUUCUUACAUGGAAGCAAUGUGGAGAAGAGCUUUGUCUUCCGAAAGCCAAUCAACUUGAAGCCAGGAAAUAACCAUAUAUCGAUCUUGAGCAUUACCAUUGGGAUGGUGGAUGCUGGAGCUUACAUGGAGAAGAGAUAUUGUGGAGUUAGAGCUGUUACAAUUCAAGGACUAAAUGCUGGAACACUGGAUAUUACUCCCAACAACUGGGGACACCAGGUGGGUAUUAGUGGGGAGAAGAAUCAGGUGUACACAGAGAAUGGAUCGAGUAAGUUUCAAUGGACCUCAGCAAAGGGUAUAGGAGGUCCUAUUACAUGGUACAAGACAUACUUUGAUACUCCUGAAGGAAACAGUCCUGUUGCGGUUCGAAUGGGAAAGAUGGGUAAAGGAAUGAUAUGGAUAAAUGGUAUAAACAUUGGUAGGUAUUGGAUGAACUAUCUGUCACCCCUUGGUCAGCCUACCCAAACUGAGUAUCACAUCCCGAGAGCAUACUUGAAACCAGAUAAGAAUCUAAUGGUGGUGUUUGAGGAAGUAGGAGGAGACCCAAGUGGAAUCGAGAUGAUGAUUGUAAACAGAGAUACAAUCUGCAGUUACAUAACUGAAAAUCAUCCUCCAAGUGUGGAUUCAUGGAAGAAGGUAGGAGGAUCUGACAUGCAGACUACAGUAGAGGACUUGAAAACCGGUGCUCACUUGUUCUGCACCGAAGGUAAAGUCAUUAAGAAAGUCGAAUUCGCCAGUUUUGGAAAUCCUGGUGGCUCAUGUGGAGCCUUCAUCCAAGGAACCUGUCAUGCACCCUCAAGCCAGAGUGUUGCUGAAAAGAAUUGUUUAGGGAAGAAAAGUUGUGCGGUACCUCUCGAUAGAACUAUUUUUGAAGGAAAAGGUGGAGACAAUUGUGGAGGCAUUAGCAAAGUAUUGGCAGUCCAAGUGAGGUGUGGUCAUGAAAAGUCAUCGGAUUAAGACGAAAACAUAAGGAGAAUAAAACAUUGAUAAGGCGAUUUAACGGAACUUGCAGCUGAAUUAGAUUUCUAUUGUUUAGUCCGUUCUCAUUCUUUUUGUGAUCGUAAACGAAAUAAAGAUCGUGUUGUUUACACCUUCUUUUCAUAUCGGGAAAUUACAGAGGAGUAUAAUGCAAUGCAUUUUAUAUA